AUGUCCGUCGCUACACGUCCACGCUCUCAUACUGGGCAGUCCGUCUCUGGUUCCGCUCCUUCCACAUCUACCUCUGCCUCGAAUAAUUCUGUGACAAAUCAACUCGCACCUCGAUUCAACAACUUCCGUCCAGCCCGUUACCAAACCAAAGAAGAGCUCGAUCGUUUCUUCGGCACUACCACGGUUCAAAAGCGUGAACAACGCUUGCGUGUUCGCGAGACCGAUGGUCAAGUGUUUUUCGAUUGGAUCGAAAGAGAUGAAUGGCAACACUUGCUCGCAACUGGCUCACUCACCAGUCCAAACUCUCCAAGCGAUCCAAAUGGCAGGAGGAGGAGCAGCGCAGCAACAUUCCUGACACUCCACUCGCCGCUCUUUCCUACCAGUCCGGCCAGAAGAGCUAGUCUGGCAACCUCUGGUACGCCAGGAUGCCUCAGCCCGCUGACAGGACAGUUCGAUAUGGUCACCAUCCGCGCGGCAGGCGAUGGUGACAGUACUGAUGCGGGCGAGCGAAGGGGUAGAAAGAGGAGCAACAGCGCCUUGCAGACCGGUAAAAGGAAUGGAUUGGUCGAAAAUCAGCUGCCUCUUUCUGGAGGUAGUGAGGAGAGAAGGAAUUGGUUCAAUGGUAACGGCUUCAAGCGUCGUCAGAGUGACACAUCCGUCUUUCCUUCGCGUCAAAGCUUUUGCGCUCCAGAAGAGUCGCAUGAUCCGCAAAGCAACAAUGAUAGGAUCCGAAUUGCACGUCUUCCACUUGGUCAUCGCAAGUUGGACAAGGACUCGCUCGAUCAAGCUUUCGGUGGUCUCCCUGCUUCUGCUCCUUUGAUCGACAUCUCACCGAAGCCUUCUGCAAGAUCCCAGAAACCAGCUACUCUCCAGAUUCCCACUCAGGAGAAGUCUUCAUUGAUUGAGAUCGAUGGUGCAGCCAGCCCUGUGACAUCGAUCGGAGUCGACGGGUGCACGUUUGAUUCAGGAAGUGGCGUUAGACGAGGCACUUUCGGAGCGCUCUGCCCUCCUCCUCAGCACAGGCAAGAGCGACUUUUGGAACCUGUGCAAGUCUUGUCGAUUGCCAACACCAACUACAGCAGACGUCUUCGUCCUCGAAGCGAUACUGCCACCAUGACCCCACCUUCUUCCGCUGCGAUGGAAUUCCUGCAAUCACCUACACCCACCUCUACUUCUACUACGACCAACUUCUCUUCUCAACCAGCCGCUCCCUCGCGCACGCUCCGACAUGCCGCUUCAUUCGACACACCUCGCCAAGCCGCUUUUUCCAUCCCUCCUGACAACAAAAACAUCAUCGCUGAUGCGGGUGUGUGGAGCCAGCGUCAGCGCUGGCACUCUGCCGGCAUCGAAACGCAGCCUCACACCGAGCAGAAGAAGUUGCGUGCGGUGCAAUCCGUCGCUUCUCUGCGCGAAAGAAGCAGUCGCCCUGAAGGCCCUUUUUCCGACUUCCCUGCCAGUACUGCGGCCAGCAUCCUGACGAAAAGGACUCGCAAGAUCUCCUGUGGUUCAUCUGAUGAUUCUUCCUGUGGAGACAGCUCCGUACCCUGCUGGACUUCUCUGGCUCCUCGCACAGGCGCUAAGAAAUUCGACCGCACUCGAAUGCAACACCUCAACGCUCUGCCCCAAGCGUCCCUAUCUCCAGCAAGCACCAUUUCAGGCCUUCCACCUGUCGAUCUCGCCCCUCCGAUGCGUGAUCCUGUCUCUCUCAACCGCAUUGCUACUCCCAAGGUUGCAGAACAAGAGCCGAAGGUCGCAAAGGAGACGCCCAAAUUCACCCAAGGCCGCGGAACAGGCUUGGGCACCGGCCCGCACGUCUACGACGGAAUGGACAUCCCUUGUGCCUCAAUCCAUCUCUACUCUGAUCCCGAAGAUAACAUUGAGCCAGCUUUGGCGUUGACAAUGUCAGCAAGCAAGUUGAAGAAGAUGAAGAAGAAGAGUCAUUCCACCAAUACUCACGCUUCUGACUUCGGAGCUGCCAUCGGCGCGAGUCAUGCAAGAUGCGCAUCAUCAUCAACGAGCUUGCAGGCUGCUGACGGUGUUGCACAGCAUGCGAAGGGAAGCUCUCGCUGGUGGAGCAACAUCCUGCACGGCUGA